AUAAUCAAUUAUGUUUAAAUUUUGUAUCAUACGACACCGAAUGAGUUCAUCAAAUACGGUUUAGCAAUUUCCAUUGAGAACCUCUUGUAAUUCUGCAUUUUCUUGAUGGAGUUGAGAGAAACAUUUCAUGCCAUGCUCUAAUUAUAUUGGGAUUAGGUUUAGUUUUCUUCCUCAGAAGGCUUACCUGUAAGUAAAAUGGAGAAACCCUGCAAAUUACCAAAAAUUGAAAACUCAACUUCGUCUGACAAUGAUAUCAAUUCGAAGACAAGAGAUUUCAUUAGCGAGCUUCCAGAUGAUGUUCUUUAUUCCAUCUUGUUGAAAUUGCCGUUGAGGGAAUCUGUUAGAACCAGGGUCCUAUCACAUAGAUGGAAGCAUGUCUAUGCAUUCCCAUCCAUUCUUGAACUUAAUUGGUUAAACAUGGGUCAAAACCAUGACUUCUUGGAAGAAAAUGAACAUCCUUGCAGAAAUUGUGAGGAAAAAUUUGUAAGAGGAGUUAAUCAGUACCUAGACUUUUAUAAGGGUGGCGCUGGGACAAAGGAACUUGAGCUGUCUAAUCCCAAGCUUUUACAUUUCCAAUGUAUGACUCGUGAAGCGAUUACAGUCAAUUUAAGUGCAGUUCCUAACUUGAUUACAUUGAAGCAUUCCGUGGAUAGUACAGGAAUCCGCUAUGUUUUCACUCAUGUUUCACAAAAUCAUCCUAUGCUGAGGACCUUAACAGUUUAUAGUAGAUGUGAUUGGGUUCAACAUAUACCCGGAAGCAUAAAACCCUUCAGUAAAAUUUAUUCAGACCAGAGCUGGCUCUCAUUGCCAAUACAAGUUUUGCAAUUUUGA